AGUCGAUUGUGAGUGCUUCGAAGGAGAUUUGUGACAGGUGGGGCGACUCGGGCGGCAUUGGAGAGUGGGGGUUGGAGAUGGAUCGAGAGUUGGAGCAAGGAGCAGAAUUGAAAAGAAUGGUUGGAUUUGAUUACACAAAAUUAACCCCCAGGAACGAAAAGGUUGAACAUGAGUUGUUUAAAGCCAACAACAGUGGAAUUAAUUUUGCCAAAUAUGAAGAUAUUCCCGUAGAAACCAGUGGAAACAAUUGCCCUCCAAACAUUGAGUCGUUUUCAGAUAUCAAUUUUGGAGAGAUAGUGAAUAACAACAUAAAGCUGUGUAAAUAUACCCACCCAACACCAAUCCAGAAAUAUGCGGUGCCUGUCAUACUAGCCAAGAGAGAUAUAAUGGGGUGUGCCCAAACUGGCUCAGGAAAAACAGCCGCAUAUCUCCUGCCUCUAUUCAGCAACAUCAUCGAAACUGGAGAAUUUAUUAUGUCGAAAUUUAUAGAUAACAGCAGAUAUGGAAGAAACAGACAGCAUCCUUGUGCACUUGUGCUCACACCAACCAGAGAGUUGGCAUGCCAAGUUUUCGAUGAAGCUAAAAAAUUUCUGUAUCGUUCACGAGUGCAGCCGUGUGUAAUUUACGGUGGGGCAGAUGCAGGCACACAGAUAAGGGAAAUAUCAAGGGGCUGCCACGUUCUGAUCGCUACUCCCGGAAGGUUGAUUGAUCUUCUGGAGAGAGGGCUUGUGGGGCUGGAUGCUAUCAAAUAUUUGGUGUUGGACGAGGCUGAUCGAAUGCUGGAUAUGGGCUUUGAACCGCAAAUCCGAAGAAUUGUUGUGGAAGACGAUAUGCCGCAAACUGGAAGGAGACAGACGUUAAUGUUUAGUGCCACAUUUCCCAAGGAGAUUCAGAUGUUAGCAAAUGAGUUUCUACACGAUUACAUCUUCCUAGCUGUUGGUCGUGUCGGGAGCACAAGUGAAAACAUCACUCAGAAGGUUUUAUGGGUUGAUGAGGAAGAAAAAAGAGCUUUCCUUAAAGAGCUGCUUGAUGCUAUGGGACCAAACAGCCUUACGUUGAUUUUUGUGGAGACCAAGAAAGGUGCUGACUCAUUGGAGUUUUAUUUGUAUAAAGAAGGAUACAUGGUGACGAGCAUUCAUGGUGACAGAAUUCAGAAAGAGAGAGAAGAGGCACUGAAAUCCUUCAAAUGUGGAAAACGGCCAAUUCUUGUAGCUACAGCAGUGGCAGCUAGGGGUUUGGACAUAGCAAACGUGAAACAUGUCAUCAACUACGACCUGCCAACUGACAUUGAAGAAUAUGUUCAUCGCAUUGGUCGAACGGGCAGAGUUGGAAACCUAGGAUUGGCUACAUCAUUUUUUAACGACAAAAACACAUCACUUGCUUAUGAUUUGUUUGAAAUACUUGCUGAAUCUAAACAAGAAAUUCCUGAGUGGCUAGAAAAUUUGGCGUAUGAAUCGAAGAGAUAUAAUGGGGUACCGAAAAAACAUAAAAGGUGGUAUUAUUUGCAAACUUGA